AUGAAUCAAGUUAGCGCCUCUGAGAUGAAUCCUGACAAUGCGUCCGCGGACGAGAAGCAGAGGAAGAGAAUGGUAUCGAACAGGGAGUCGGCGAGGCGGUCGAGGAUGCGAAAGCAGAUGCACCUCAACAAUUUGACGAACCAGAAGACCGUGCUGGAGAUUUCCAACGCCAAGCUGGUUUCCAACAUUAACAACGCCGCCGCGGGGAUCGCGGCGGUGGAGGCGGAGAACAGAGCAUUGCGGAUGGAAAAGAUAAGACUGGGGCAUCAUCUCCAAUUCUCCAGCACUCCUCCUGCGGUUUAUACGUGGCGGCAGCCGCAGCAGCAGCUUCCUGAGCAACCGUUGGGCUUUGCUGAGAUUGGAGAGAUGAACCCGUGGAAUGUUUGA